AGAAAUUAAGAAUGAAGAAGAAUUUUGAACAAAGGGUAAAAAGAAAGAAUUGGAAAAUGCACAUGUAAAGGACCCAAAAUCCACACAAAAGCUCAUACCGACAAUGGCGGCGUUCAUUGCUCAAAGCAAGAAUCGCCCCUCACUCCGCUCCCAUCUCAAGAUCCACUCAUACAUUUAUGUAGAAAAAAAACAAAUUGCCCACCCAUUUCUCCUCCAAGGCUUUUGUUUCGCUCUUUCACGCUCUCCCCAAAAUUAUUGCUCUCUUUUGGUUCUUGCUUUCACCCUUUUCUCAAUCGGUGGACGGAUUGUACGUACUGGUGUUGUUGAGUUGGGAUCGACGGAUCACAUGUUUUGCUGCCCACAUGUUCGACGAAAUGCCGCACAGGCCGAUAAAAACAUGUUUUUUUUGUGUUGUUAUCAAGAAGCAAUUGAAGGUUGUCUGUGAAGUGGAUGUGAAUUGUUGAGACUGGAUUUUUUUUUUUCGGUUUGAAGAGAAGAAUGGCAACUGGGAUAUAUGGUGAGGAAUCACAGAAUGGGGCUUGCAGAGAGGGAAUUAUUUCCAUUGUAGAUGAAAAUUCCCAGGAAAAGAAUGAUAGUUCAUGCCAGGGAAAUCCCGGGAAACCUCCGAGGAAUCUCAUGGUGAUCCGACGUAGUAUCAGUCAGGCAACGUUGGCAGGUAUCUUUGAAUUGGAGGCAACCAAUCAAAUUACAGGCCUGAAAUCUCCUCCACAAGUUGAGAGUGCUGGAAUUGUCCCCGUAUUUCGCUCCGGGAGCUGUGCCGAAAUGGGACCGAAAUCUUACAUGGAAGAUAAGCACAUUUGCGUCGAAAAUCUUCACAAACAUUUCGAUAAUAAUCCCCAGUUGUUUCCUUCUCCAAGCGCUUUUUUUGGGGUGUUUGAUGGGCACGGCGGUGUUGAUGCCGCGUCAUUUGCUCAAAAGAAUCUCCUUAACUUCAUUGUUGAGGAUUCCCAUUUCCCUUCUUCAUCCAAAAGAGCUAUUAGGAGUGCUUUUGCCAGAGCUGAUCAUGCACUGGCUGAUGCUAAAUCACUUGAUAGCUCCUCCGGCACAACUGCUCUCGCUGCACUCAUGUUAGGACGGACGACAAUAAUUGCCAAUGUUGGGGACUCUCGAGCAGUACUGGGGAAAAGAGGAAGAGCGAUCGAGCUAUCAAAAGACCACAAGCCGAAUUGCACGUCCGAAAGGCUGAGGAUAGAGAAACUAGGGGGCGUGGUGUACGACGGGUACCUGAACGGGCAGCUAUCGGUCGCACGGGCUCUCGGCGACUGGCAUCUGAAGGGACCGAAAGGGUCGAAGGGCCCACUCAGCGCGGAGCCGGAGUUAGAGGAGGUGGUUUUGACAGAGGAGGACGAGUUCUUGAUAAUGGGGUGCGACGGGUUGUGGGACGUGAUGAGCAGCCAGUGCGCGGUGACGAUGGUGAGGAAGGAGCUGAGGGCCCACAACGACCCCGAGAAGUGCGCGAGGGAGCUGGUCCGGGAGGCGCUGAAACGCAACACGUGCGACAAUUUGACCGUCAUCGUGGUCUGCUUCUCCCCUGACCCCCCUCCUCAGAUAGAGAUUCCAAGAUUCUCAAGGAGGAGGAGCAUAUCAGCUGAAGGACUGGACCUUUUGAAAGGUGUGUUGAGUAACAUAUAAAAAGGUGUUAAAAUUAAUAAUUAGUAGAGUUUUUA